CCCAUCUCCAACCUUAAAAACAAAAGCCAAAGCCAAAGCCAAAACUCUCUCUCUCUCUCUCUCAAAAAACAUUACCCAUUUCUCCAUUUCCAAUAUUGACAUAAACCCAAGUAUUUUUUCUCUCUCAAAACCCAUUUCACACACUAAAGUUUCAAGCUUGAUCAUCAUUUUUGCUGAAAUGGCUACGCCAAUGCUGCUCAUGGCCUCAGAACAGAGCACAACACAAGAACCCACCAAAACCCUUGUCGGGUUCUACGAGGAAUCCAAACCCGAGUCCACCAAAUCCACCAAGGGCACUAAGAAAUCCGGCAAAGCCUCAAACUCUAAAAAGCAACCACAAAGAGGUCUUGGUGUUGCUCAGCUGGAGCGCCUGAGGCUCCAAGACCGCUGGAAGAAAAUGACGGAACUGCCCCAACUGCAACCCCAACCCCAAGUUGUCAAUCUUCCUGAUCAUCAUCAGUACCAGAACUUUCAACACCAGAACCCCACCAGAACCCUACCCGGCCCGCUUGCCAGUGUUCCAGUACAGUAUGGUGCAUCCAGCUACAAUGGACCACUGCUGAUCAAGGGCUCUGGUGGUAAUGGCUUGUUUGGUUUUGUGGGUCAGAGGUUUGGGAAUGGUUCUGGGUUUGGUUAUGCCGGAGGUAAUAAUUUGGUGGUGGACCUAAACCCGAGUCCGUAUGCAAUCGGGGCUCCGGAGAGGUUUGAAGUUGGGGCUGUGUAUGAGACCUCGAAAGAGCUCUCUUCAAUACCAAAGGUUCAACCUUUGUCUUCUGAUUGCUGUGAUAUCUGCUGCAAGAAGCAGAAGAAGAGGCUCAAUAGUCGGAAUUACAUGGGCUUAAACGGCAGGAGUGGCAAAUCUGAGGCUAGUUUACCAAUCAACUGUUCUGGUUUUCUCAGAUUGAACCCGGAAGCCGGUGGUGGCCAAGUGGUGGGGAGAAGUACAGCUCACUCGGGCUACCGCAAUGAUGAUCAGGGGGUAGAGGUUAGGGCAGUGCACAGAAAAGGGAGCUCAGCUGGUGGUGGUAUUUUCAUGGAAUAUGAUUUCUUUCCAGCUGCUGGUGGCAAAAGUAGUGAGAUGAGAGGAGGCACUUGUCCCAAGGAGCCAGAGAUGUGGCAAACAGCAGAAGCUUCAGUUUCAGUGGGGAGCCAUGAAGAACCUUCUGAUAUUACUGCUUCUAGUUAUGGCUAUGGAAUUGGGGCUGACAGUUAUCAUAAUCCUGUUGAUUUGUCACUCAAGCUUUCAUUUUAGAAGCAAAUCAAGGUGUCUGUUUUGGUGUUUUUGCUGUGCUCAUCUAUAAUGCAUGUCGGGAAAAGAACCCAAGAUACAGCUUUUUGAUUUCCCUUUUUUUGUUAGUUAAACUGACAUACAUAUCAUCUCCAAAUUAAUUCCCAUACAAGCUUAAAAUCCAUGUUUAAAGCUAGCUCUGUCUGUCUCCAAAGUUUGUUCCACAAGUUGUUUGCUUUAAUUCCAUCCAAGUUGCCCUUAUUAAUUUCUCAUGGGAUCUAUGUUAAUUUCUUUUAUUUUUUCUCUACUUACUUUUAGAUUCUCA